AUGUUUGGGCAAGUGGUUAUAGGUCCCCCUGGCUCGGGGAAGUCUACCUAUUGCCAUGGAAUGUACCAAUUUCUAUCAGCUAUUGGGAGAAAAGUCUCUAUCAUUAACUUAGAUCCUGCGAAUGACAGAGUUCCAUAUCCAUGUGAUUUGGAUAUAAGAGAUUUUAUCAGCCUUGAAGAAAUUAUGGAAGAACUUGGCUUGGGGCCAAACGGUAGCCUCAUGUAUGCUAUGGAAACUUUAGGUGAAGAAGGUACUGAAUUUUUUUUGCAAAAGGUUGAAAACUUAGUGAAGGAACAAAAUUAUGUAAUAUUUGAUUGCCCCGGUCAAGUUGAGCUCUUUACCCAUCAUAACUCUUUGCAUGGCAUUUUAAAGGAUCUAGCUACACUGCAAAAGCUAAGAUUAUGCGUUGUGUCACUUGUUGAUUCUAUUUACUUGACAAGCCCCUCACAGUAUAUAUCAAUAUUACUUUUAAGCUUGAGGUCGAUGCUUCAACUAGACUUGCCCCAUGUGAAUGUUAUUUCAAAGAUUGAUAUGCUUAGCAACUACGGUAGCUUACCUUUUCGCUUAGAAUAUUAUACAGAAGUUCAAGACUUGAAGUACUUAACACCAGAACUUGAAAAAGAAUCUAACUCUGUUUUGGGCAAAAAGUACGUAAGAUUAAGCGAAAUAAUAGCUGAAAUCAUCGAGGAUUUCAACCUUGUGUCUUUUGAAGUCUUAUCAGUAGAAGAUAAGCAAUCAAUGAUCAAUUUGUUAAGUGUUAUAGACAAAGCUAAUGGUUACAGCUUUGGUUCAAGUGAAAUUGGUGCAGACUCCAUUUGGAGCGAAGCUACUAGACAGGGUCCAACCCCAGGGUAUACUAAUAUAGAUUUGCAUGAAAGAUGGAUAGAUCAUAAAGGAAAAUAUGAAGAAGAAGAGAGAAAAAUGAGAGAAAGGAUGAUUUCGGACGCUUCUAAAUUAGAAGAGGAUGAAGAAUGGGCAUGA